CAAAAAUUCCUUAAAAAAUUGUUGAAAAAUAUGAAAGUUGAUUUCACAUACGACUUUUCAAGUCUCGGAUUCGAAAAAGUAAUCUCAUAUCCAAUUGAAAUUCCUUACGAAGAAUCCACAGAUGAGCUUGCCUAUCAAAUUGUGUCGGAAAAAAUCAGCCCACUAAUGAAGAUGACAAAUGUAGAUGACCUCAAAUCGGGUUUGUCGGCUUUUGUUAAGGAAGAAAACCAAAAAUUUCGAGAUAAUUUCAGCAAUGAGCUCGUUUUGAAAGCGAUGAAUGGCGAAAUUGAUCUCGAAACGAUCAUUAAAAACACAGAAAAGCUCUACAAGGAAGAAGUUUUGGAAUUUGCGGAGAAACAAGAAGCUUGUCCGACUGAUUGUGAGAUUUUCGCUCAGAGUUUCAAUCGUCUCGUACAUUCUUCGACCUUGCCUGAAAUCAUGGAGAAGGAAAAAGCCUAUGCAAAUGUCAUAAGCGAGAUGACAAUAAAGAUGGAAAAGGAAAUAGCAGCUCUGAAUAACAGGCAUCAACAUGAAAUGGACGAGACAAUAUUGAAACUUGAUAAAUCUGUGACGACGGAAGAUGUGAAUAGGCUUCUUUCGAAGCAAUAUGCCGCUCAAAGUAUGUUACGGAAGAAAUGGGAGAGCGAAAUGGAUUCAUAUCGUGGAUUUCAGAAGCACGAAUUUCGGAAUUGGAUUGUGGAUGAGACGGUAAAGUUGCAAUCGCAUGCCUCGAAUAACGUCAAUGACCAAACGCCGUUGGGAAAUAAGAGUUUAACGAUGUUCGUGACGCAACAAUCGUCGCAAGAGGAAAGUUUUACGAUUCAUUUGGGGUCGCAAUUGAAGCAUAAUCACAACAUUCGCAUCCUGAGUGCACGAACGGAAGAUCUUUGUGCCCCCUUGUACGAAGAUGAGAGUCUUGGAGGCUUGAAUGCUGCUCUUGGACUGUAUUCAAGCUCAUUAACGGGCAUUGUGGUACUCACUCCCUCAAGUUUUCUCAAGCCAAAUUCCUCAAUAGUCUCGAAUUGCAAUAAAAGCACCGAAAUUCACUUUGACCAAAUCGAACAACAAAUCGACAAAAUCAAAUUAGACGUUGAAAAGUUGCAGGAUCCCGCUUCAAGUCGCAAAAAUAGUUGCGCCGAGCAAGGAAAUGCAAGCGAAAACUUGUCUCGUCUUCUGAAACCGGGAGAUUUUUUCAUCACACGUCAUUCGAACAUCACGUCGCAUGUUAUUUUUCACUUGAUUAUCUCUGACGAGACUUAUCACAACAUCGACGAGAUCAAUUCGCGACAUCCAAUUCUCAAUCCGGGUCUGAGAAAUAUCAUUAGGACGGCAAAUCGGUAUGAUAUCACGACACUUACCAUUCCAGCGUUGUUAAAAGAUGAAAUGACGGAAGAUAUGACAGUAAAUUGGUGCAUGAGACGUGCUGAACUGAUAUUUAAGUGUGCCAAAGGUUUCAUGAUUGAAUCCGCUAAUUGGGGAGGAUCGGAAUUGAAUACGUUACAGUUUUUGUUGCCGCAUAAUAUUACGCCAGAUUUGUUCCAGAUGUUGGCUUCGAUCAUUCCGAGUGUUUUUAGAGUUGCGAAUCCGAAGGUUUUGCAGGAAGAAGAUGAAAAAUAAAAAAAAAUAAUGAAAUUAUUUUAUGAAUUAUUAUGCAAUAAAUUGAUGGUACUCGAAAAAUUAUUAAAAUUAAAUAUUUUUAAUUUUUCCAAAUAUUUUUAA